AUGGAGGUGGAUACAACGCCUGCUGAAGCAAAAGUCACUCAAACUGUUUCGAACCUUGGACCUGGCACCUAUGAUCGUAUUCAAACCCUUAGAGACUUCCACAUUCGUCUUCAGUCCAUCCGACAUAUACCUUCGUUACUAUUGAGGCAUCCGUCUGGAUCCUCCCUAUCUCAUGAAAAUGAAUUUACUCCUCCAUUCGACCCAGCCGACCACGACUUUGCAGCUCCAUUCCACACUACUCCAACACAGGACUUUCGCACCCUAAAAACCAUAGCCGAUGCUCUACGAUCUGAAAAACUACAAGAAGCGCUCAAGGUUGCCCGCGAGAGCGAAGAGGCCGAUAAGAGCGAUCUUGGCUUGUUCCAGAGAGACAGUCGCAAACGGAAACGACCACUGUCUCCGGUCGGCUCACCUCAGCCUUACAUACCUCCGCCACCGCGAACUUCAUCAUUAUUCCCACCCAUUGAGGAUGAGUCUCCAUGCUUGCGCGCCGAGGGACUGGUAGAAUAUAUUCGAGAAUUCAAUAGAGGUGACAUAAAGUCACCCCCCGGCCCAGGGACCAGUGAAUCUUUCCAGCCGAAAUGUAGACUUUACAUAUGGUCCAGGACACGGUCGCCACAACUUUACCGAUCAAUGAAUGGGCCGCCACCAAAGUUGACUAGUCCCGUAAUCUUACGGUUCACAAUCGAAGAUGUACUUACGGCUUACGUCUCCCUCGUGUUCACCCACUCGGAAGAUCCACUCCUUGUAGAGAGUGUAACCGCCUUUGGUCCCAGAGAGAUGAAGUUGCCCCACAUGCAGUCCGACUAUCUCGCGUUUCAAGUACUAUCUCAGCAUAUCGCAAAAAUGGUCCAGUCUCAUCCGCAAGUUCCUCUUCAGACGCUCGUCUAUCUUUUGGUGUCUUAUCAGGGACUUUUUGUCGACCGAUGUACUAGUUGCGAACGGGUGCUCUCGGUUGAGGGCCAUGUUCCUCCCGCUGGGCGUCUAUGGAUUCCUACUCAGCAACCUAUUGAUCUUGAUGUGAACAAAACAGAUGAACCUGAUCCCGGUGUUAUCAUUAAUCCAGACGCUACUCCCGCGAGGAGUCAAACCACGGAUCAUCUCGUUGGACAUUGGGAAUCACGUCAUGUUACAUGUAUGUACAACUGA